AUGGCACAGAAUAAUUAUUUCGGUUUUACACACGGCGGUACUCAAUAUGGAGCAACUAGUGCUGCUUAUCAAACUGGACAAGCUGGUUAUGCAGUAACACCGGCAGCUACCGCCGCUACCUAUACUCAAAGACCCGCUGCUGCAGCUGCUACUGGUUACGAGACUUAUCAAGCUGCUGCCGCCGCAGCAGCCACUGGCACGACUUAUGCUGGUUUUGUUUCCCCUGUAGCAGCAAACCCAGGUACGGUAGCCCAAACCUACGAUUACGGAUACGGUCGUCCAGCUCCAGCAGCAACCUACGACGCGACUAAGACUUAUUAUCAGCAACCCGCGGCCGCUGCAGCUGCCGCUACCUACACAACUACAGAGACUCAUUACCAAGCUGCUAAGCCCGCUUACAGCACCACAAGUGCUUACACCGGGACUGCUCGUCAGGCGACGACCACUGGCCAGGCCAAGACUUACCAAGCUGCCAGUACAGCUUAUCAGCAGUCAAACCCUACGCAGAACGCGACUUAUUCUUCUGGAUACACUGCACCAGCUACUCCAGCUGCCGCUCCCGCUGCAGCAACUAACAAAACGGCAAGUACAGCGUAUUCCGGGUAUGACGCAGCGCUUUAUAGCGCUGCGACAAUGUACGUAGCCCAACAGAGUGCAAACAGCAACAAUACAACUAACCAGAAGACUGGAGGUUGGCAGGGCUACGGACGUAAAGGAUUUGGAGCAGGUGGAAGUGGAAUGAAGAGUAUGAGGGCCAAGCCGCCUCCCAAACCCCAGCAACUCCACUACUGCGAUGUCUGCAAGAUUAGCUGCGCUGGUCCUCAGACCUACCGCGAGCACUUGGAGGGCCAGAAGCACAAAAAGAAGGAGGCUUCGAUGAAGGUCCCCCAGCAGCCUCCAGCUCGCGGAGCUGCUGGAAAUCUCGGCACAGUGAACCAAAACGCAGCUGCUGAAGCAAAAACAGAAGAGUCAGCAGUCGAGGAAUCAGCUGAAGAAUCACUAACUGAAGAAAAAGACAUCCAGCCGGUGGGUCAAGAGUACAUCGAAGAGAACAAGUCUGAAGACGGCAAAAUAAUAAGUUUCAAUUGCAAACUCUGCGAGUGUCGUUUCAACGACCCGAAUGCCAAAGACAUGCACAUGAAGGGUCGUCGUCAUCGCUUCGCCUACAAGAAGAAAGUCAACCCUGACCUGGUGGUGGACAUCAAGCCGAGUCUGAAGCAGCGCAAGAUGCUGGAGGAGAAACACCGCCGUCAACAGGCUCGAGAGGAGUUUACUCGCCGUCGUGAGGAGAUGAACCAGAUGGGUCCUAUGGGCAUGAUGGGCCCCAUGAUGGACGAAGAGAUGAUUUACUGGGAGGAACGUCGUCGGUAUGAAGAAGAGUGCGAGUACUACGAGUGGUACCGUCGCUGUGGUCGUGGUCCUGGUGCUCCUCCAAUGCCUCCUCGGCCAUUCCCUGGUCCUCCUGGUAUGAUGUUCUCCGUUGUACCUCGCAGGUCUGAUGACAAACAUGUUGAUGCUCAUCACUCUAGUAUUUAUCCCAAGGAAGAAGAAUUGCAAGCUGUUAAAAAAAUUGUUUCUCAUACUGAGAAGGCUUUGAAAUUGGUUUCUGAUGUUCUUGCUGAAGCUAAUAAAAAGACCAUGCCCGCAACGGGAAAUGCUACAACACCGGCAGCUGAAGUAAAGAAAGAAGAGGCUGAGAAGAAGAAAGAUGAAAAUACCACCUCAUUUGCAAAUCCAAAAGAGAAAGAAGAUUUGCGUGUUAUCCGUGAUGUCAUGCGUGUGGGUAAUUUGGCCAAAGGACUACUGUUAUCUGGAGAUAAUCAUGUCUGUUUAGUUGUUCUAUGUGCUGAAAAACCAACAAAGACUUUACUAAACAAAGUCGCUGAAAUUUUACCAUCUCAACUAAAAAUAGUAGCCCCUGAAGAAACCUACAACGUAGGCAAGCACCCAGAAUCUGCGGCUUUGACAGUAUCAGGCGGUACUGUAACUGUCAGCGUUACUCUCACAAGUCCUCUGAUGCGCGAAACAGCGAAACCACCGGCAACAGCAGCGUGUUGUGCUUUCUUUGUUGGGAUCUCAGAUAGUGCUGGACAGCAGCAGGGAGCUGCUCAACCGCAAACGACGCCCGCGACGCCCGCAGUGACGAAACCAGACCCACCAGAUGUACUUCCCAAGGCUAAGUGUUUGGAGGCUUUAGCUCAACUCAGGCAUGCCAAGUGGUUUCAGGAUAACGAGGCUGGAAGGAUAGCUAAAGCCCACCACAAAGCAAUUAAUCAGGCUAGAGCAUCAUCACUGCAGAACUGCGUUAUUAUUAUACGUAUUAUGCGCGAUCUUUGUAAUCGUGUACCUACAUGGGGACCACUUAAUCCAUGGGCACUGGAACUGCUCACUGAAAAAGUUAUCAACACUGCUGGUUGUCCAUUGAGUCUUGGAGAAGCUCUACGGCGUUUACUUGAAUGUGUAGCUGGUGGUAUUUUAUUACCAGGUUCUCCAGGAAUAGCAGAUCCUUGUGAAAAGGAACCAACAGAUGCAAUUGGGAAUAUGACCGCCCAACAACGAGAAGACAUAACUGCCUCAGCGCAGCACGCGCUCCGUCUGGUGGCGUUCCGGCAGAUCCACAAAGUUCUCGGCAUGGAACAGCUUCCCCCUCCCAAGCACAAGGGACGGUUCCCGCGCAAGCGCAGACGCGACAACAGCAAUGGCGAGGGCAACGAUUGCGAGGCCUCGAAAAAAGACAAAAAGGCCGAAGAAACUAAAAUGGAAACAGACUCCAAGUAA